GCAACCCGUGGAAAGAUUCUCCAGUUCAUACAGUCUGGUGAAAGAAGGAUGGGGAAGAAGGAUGCCUGCGCUGCCAGGUUACCGGUCGAUCAGUACCGUAAACAGAUCGGAAAACAGGACUAUAAGAAAACCAAACAGGCUCUUAAAGAGACACGGCUGAAGGCAGAGGCCAAGAGGAGUGCUCCUGGAAUCCGGGACGUCGUACUGGUCGUUGUGGCUGUUCUGAUCUUCUUGCUCGGUAUCUAUGCCUUCUUCUACCUCAACCUCAGCACAGAGAUCGACCUGGAUGUGGAUGUGGACUAAGCGACUGGUCACCCUGAAACGUGUCCUACUGCUCAUAGGUGAUGGUGGAAGAGAUGGCACAGUGGGUAUCCUUACUUUCUAUGCGUGCCCAGUGAUGCCACUCUCUGAUGCCUGAUCCAUACAAUGCCCUUGGAUGACUGCUGGACAGCCAGUGCUGAACCUAAAAGAAGAUGGAUCACAAAUCUGAUCUGGUCUGAUCUUCAUAUUCAGAUAAACUCAAACUAAAUGCCUAUAGAUCAAUAUAUGUGAGGUCAUCGAAUAUCAGAUAUGCUUCCAUGUUAACCACAAACGGUUGGUGUAAAACAAACCAUGUAUGCUUUCUUUUCUUUUUACUGAGAUUAUUUGCAGUCAGAAGACAUGCCACUUUGAGAUUAUCUGCCUGGUGUCAUUUGUUUGCCUUUUUUUUUUUUUUUCUUUUCAUGUUUCAGUAUAGUCUUAUGUUUGUGGGGGGGAAUUCAUUUUUGGUUGAAAGCUCUUUCUACAUGUUGUAAUGCAAUAAUGAAUUCACUGCUGUGCAUUAAGCUUGAUGGAUCCAGUUUUGUUGUGUGUCGUUGUGGUCUGUUUUUUGACCACGAUGCUUUGCUCUAGCUCCUCUUCAUUUUUUUUUUUUUUUUGGGUCGGCCCUAAAAAUACUGAUUCCUCUAAGAGAAAUACAUAAAUCUGUUUUUUUUUUAAGCACCUAUAUCACACAGGCAGACACACAUGCUGCAUUCCCAUACACAAACGUAUGCUUGCAGAUCUAGGGAUCACAAUAUCACAACACUGGGAGAUUAGAGGCGGAAAGCCGGCUCCUGAUUGAGUGUGUGUCUGGAAUACUGAAGUGCUCUUUCUCUGCUGCUGUGGCAAGAGCGAUUAGCAUCUCAAAUACUGUCAGUUUCUUUUGAUGAAAGGCAGGAGAGCAGUGCUGAAAGACACCUAACUUUACAAUGAGGACCUUCAUGUGCUCUCUGUCAUUGUGUGGCUGUGGGAUGUGCAUGUGUGUGUGAGCGUGUGAGUGUGUGUGUGUGUGUGUGUGUGAGUGUAAUCCCUGGAGAGCCAUUUAUGGGUGGAAAAAAUGUGAAGGAUUAUUAAUCAACUGAACGCUGUUACCCUUAGCUCUAUAUGUCAUUUGAAGUGCUUGGAGAGGGUAAAAAGCAUGGCCUUCAUUAAUUUCUGACCACCUGUAUGCACCUUGUUUGUGUGUUUGCAUGUGUGAGUGAGAGAGACAGAGAGAGAGAGAGAGAGAGAAAUGGAAGGCUAAAGCACAAUGAAAAUCGCUGAUAUUUUUUUUUGUCUGAAAUAUUUUGGACCAUUUGCAGAAGUGAUGACUUAUUUCAUUCCAGCAGAUUUAUGUUAUAUGUGAUAAUCACUUUGUGUGUGCAUUUCUUUAACUGAAAACUGUUAUCUUUUCGGAAAGCUCAAUAUUACAAGAUUGUUGAUUUUUUUUGGUUACUAAAAAAAUAUGUCCAUGCAGUGUCAGAAUGAUUGAUACCGAAGAACAGAACAUUUUGUGCAAUAUCUUUGUUGCUGAAGUCAAGAUGUUUUGAUUUCUGUGGAUUUGCUAAAGGAAGAUUUAAGACUUUUGCAAAUUCGAUAGAAAUUCAGAACAUCAACACAAGGAAGAUUUAAGACUUAACCAAAAUAAAAUCAUUUU